AAGUUACUUGGAAUAUUCAAAGCAUGUAAUAUGCACCGCGGUGAGGACCUUGCGUAAACCUAAUUACGUCGUGAUCAUAGACUGUAUAAAAACGGUCGUUUAAAUAAUUGCUCAAUUGUUUUAGAACCGGUUCUUUGAAACGAAGUCGAUUCGAUUCGCAGAAAUGAUUCGGACUUUCCAUCACUAGCUAACUGUAGUUAAGGAGGUGUGAUUUGAGAAUUGUUAUAGCUUUUUAAUUUUAUAGAUGGUGCGUUAUCAGAUUGCUAGAUGACAUCUUGUUCAGUUCUGUUUGGAUGUGAGCAGUUUCACCAGAGCCACGUUUAAGAGCCAAAUCGUUAGAAAAACAAACAUCCGGCGCGACCUUAACAUGUGACGUCAGUCUCCAGCACUCAUGCGGCUUUCAUUUACGUCAACACCACACAAGCUCAAUGCAUUUUUCAUAUGGACCCUGAUGCUCAACUGCUGCACUCUAGGAUUCAAUCAAAAAAAUAAAUAAAUAAAUAAAUAUAUACAUAUAUAUAAUAUAUAUUCUUCAUGAAGCAAGUAAAGAAAUUAAAGGAAAAGGCGUCCAUCAGUUCAGUGUCUUAGAGUGAGGCCUAGACUCCAGCAGGCCUCGGUGAGCACCGGCAUGAUGGAGGGGGGUAUGCAGCUGCUGAACCGGGAUGGCCACAGCAUCUCGCACAACUCCAAGCGCCACUACCAUGACUCCUUCAUAUCCAUGAACCGCAUGCGGCAGCGUGGCCUGCUCUGCGACAUUGUGCUCCAUGUGGCCAACAAGGAGAUCAAGGGACACAAGGUGGUGCUGGCCUCCUGCAGUCCAUACUUCCAUGCCAUGUUUACAAAUGAGAUGUCAGAGAGCCGUCAGACCCAUGUGACCCUGCAUGACAUUGACCCUCAGGCUCUGGAGCAGCUGGUCCAGUACGCCUACACUGCCGAAAUUGUAGUAGGAGAGGGAAAUGUGCAGACCCUGUUACCAGCAGCUAGUCUCCUGCAGCUCAACGGAGUGAGAGAUGCCUGCUGCAAAUUCCUUCUCAGCCAGCUGGACCCCUCAAACUGCCUGGGCAUCCGUGGCUUUGCAGACACUCACUCCUGCAGCGACCUUCUCAAGUCAGCCCAUAAGUAUGUCCUGCAACACUUUGUAGAGGUAUCGAAGACUGAGGAGUUCAUGCUACUACCACUCAAACAGGUGCUGGAUCUGAUCUCUAGUGAUAACUUGAAUGUCCCAUCAGAGGAGGAGGUGUACAGGGCUGUGCUGAGCUGGGUUAAGCAUGACAUUGAUGGACGGAGACAGCACGUGCCCCGGCUGAUGAAGUGUGUGCGUCUGCCCCUGCUGACACGAGACUUCCUGAUGAGUAAUGUGGACACGGAGCUGCUGGUGCGUCACCACUCCGAGUGCAAAGACCUGCUGAUCGAGGCACUGAAGUAUCACUUGAUGCCCGAGCAGAGGGGUGUUCUCAGUAACAGUCGCACCCGACCGCGCCGCUGCGAGGGAGCCAGUCCGGUGCUCUUUGCUGUCGGUGGGGGCAGUCUUUUUGCCAUUCAUGGAGACUGUGAGGCCUAUGACACAAGGACAGACCGCUGGCACAUGGUUGCAUCCAUGUCAACACGGCGGGCACGAGUCGGAGUGGCUGCUAUUGGAAAUAAGCUCUAUGCCGUGGGAGGGUAUGACGGCACCUCUGAUUUGUCUACUGUAGAGUCGUAUGACCCAGUAACUAAUGCGUGGCAACCUGAGGUGUCUAUGGGAACGAGGAGGAGCUGUUUAGGUGUGGCGGUCCUGCAUGGGCUGCUGUAUGCAGCAGGAGGAUACGAUGGUGCUUCUUGUCUCAACAGUGCGGAGAGGUAUGACCCUCUGACCAGUACCUGGACCUCCAUCGCUGCCAUGAGCACCAGAAGGAGAUACGUCAGAGUGGCCACAUUAGACGGCAGUUUGUACGCAGUCGGCGGGUAUGACAGCUCCUCACACUUAGCCACAGUAGAGAAGUACGACCCUCAGAGUAAUGCCUGGACUGCCAUCGCCAACAUGUUGAGCAGGAGGAGCAGCGCAGGAGUGGCUGUAUUGGAGGGCAUGCUUUAUGUCGCGGGGGGCAAUGAUGGUACCAGCUGCCUAAAUUCAGUGGAACGAUAUAAUCCGAAAACCAACACCUGGGAGGGAGUGGCCCCCAUGAACGUCCGCAGGAGCACCCAUGACCUGGUCGCCAUGGAUGGCUGGCUAUAUGCGGUUGGAGGCAAUGAUGGCAGCUCUAGUCUCAACUCCAUAGAAAAGUACAACCCACGUAGCAAUAAAUGGGUGGCAGCGUCGUGCAUGUUCACGCGUCGUAGCAGCGUGGGAGUCGCUGUUCUAGAGCUCCUCAACUUUCCUCCUCCAUCCUCUCCUACUCUUUCCGUCUCCUCCACCAGUCUUUGACAAAGGGUAAAGACCCAGCUUAGCUCCAGCAGCCCGCCCUGUGUAGCCAAGAGGCGCAACUGCUCAGUUUGAGCAUCAGACGAGAAGUGUUUCGUGGGCCACAGUGCCCUCCCUCUGCCUGGAGGAACACUGCAGCAUUUUGCAAAUAAUAUGGGUAAAAAGGACGAAAAGAAAAAACACACAUUCACACUCACACUCCAGGCCUUCAAAACUCUCAUCCUAUAAACCCCAGUGCUUGAAAUGCUAAAUAAUGUUGCUCUGCCAUUUUGCAGUCACUUUGUGUAUGAUGUAUAUCUAAAUGUAUAUUUAAUUUAUGUUUACGAUUCUUUUUUUAAAAUAUUAAAGUAUAAUAUAUUAAACUGAAAAAAUAUUAAUAAUAAUAAUGAACAACUUUAGGAAUGUAGCUCAUGACAUGUUCUGCCACGCAUGUUUACAGAAAUUUCGUCCUGGCAGAAAAAAAUAUUGUAGUGCUGCUGUGCCACACUAGGUGGUAGUAAUGUGCAAGGUUGCCCUGUCUCACCACAGAUGAGCAUGGACAUUCAGAAGCAGAAAAUUCACACAAACCAGUGGCUGGAUUCAUCACUAUGAGUGUGUCAGAUCAUGUUGACAACAUAAUAAAUGUUUUACUUAUUUUCCUAUUUAUCAAAUGUAAUUUAAAUAUAUGGCACUAUUUCAGAGAUUUUUGAAGGACCACCUCUGACUUAAGAGGGGAAAUAUAGUUUUAAUGUACAAAUGGACAUACUUAUUACAUAUCAUAGAAGCACUGGUGUUUGGUAUGAAAUGCAAGAUUUAGGAAGAACAGGUAUUACAAGCUUUCGAGAGUUUUAGCUCUACAUGAGUACAAACUUACUAAUAUGACACGUCUGUAUCACUAACCAGGUGAUAUCACUGUCUUUCUAAUAAAGACUAUAGCCAUACCUAAAACUAGCUGUGAGAUUAAAGCUGCACUUUCUCAUUUCUCUUGUUUUCGAAAGGGUGAACAGUGCUCAGAACCAAUCCUGAUUAACAGGUAAUGAGUAACACUGACACUUCAAUAUCAAGCCCUUCAAUCUAACUCUGCUUUUAUGAGCUCUUAUAUGUUGUAAGUCAGAUUUAUUAGUAUUUAGUCGUAAGUCUUUAGUUAGUGAACCAUGUCACUGUAUAUUGAAUUUUCAAAAUUUUGCUUAUUUUCCAGGACUGUCAGAUUUGACAGCUUGAUUAGAUAUAGAUAGUGUGUGUUGUGCUGUGAUGUCUUUGGUAACGGCCACUACCAAUGCAUCUUAACAGAUCAGAUGAGCAGAUGAGGGAACGCUGGGUUUUGUAAUUCGUUUAUCUGAAUAGAGCACAGAUCAUCCCAAAACAAGGUAUAAUUCCUCCAAAAUAAAAAAAAUUGUUUAGUUACCACGGUGUUGUUUCAAACCUGCAUGACAUUUUUUUAUUAUGUAUAACACAGAGGAAUAGAUUUAGAAGAAUGUCCGAGAUUGUAUGUACAAUUUGAAAUAAGUGGAAAUAAGGAUCGCUGAAUGGGAAAAGAGCAGGACAUUCUGCUAAAUAUCUUCUUUUAGAUGAAAUUAAGCAAUAUAGUUUGAAAUGACAUAAGGGUGAGUAAAUGAUUUUCAAUGAUGGGUCAUUCCUUCUCUCUGCUAUUUUACGUAGGUUUUAAAAUGUAGCAUUGUAUUAUAUGAUUUCAAAACUUCUGAGAAGUUAGGAUUUUGUUUCCUUUUUUUAAGGGCUUUUUUUAGUUCAGAGAAACUUGUUUAAGGUCAUUAUAACUUUGUGUCAAGGGAGAUCAGAGUGCUGUGUAUGUGUGUUUCUGUAAAAUUAAAUCAUCCUGAAUUUUGACAAUACAUACAAAGCACCACAGGACCCCACAGAAAAAAAUUACAGAAUAUGUAUAUUACAGAAUAUCCAGAGAUUUUGUGCAAUGUCAAUGUAACUGUUGCUUUCUUUUUCUUGAAUCUCAUUUAUUUUUGAAUUGUAAUGUUGUUGAAUGUGUUAUUUAUAUUGUUUAUGUUUUGCUAUAUUUAAGAACACACAUACAUUUUUUGCACUAAUGUCAAAUGGAGCAAUAUACUGCUGUUUAAAAUCAAAAGACUACUGUAAAUGAAAUAAAGCUGUUUUCAGGUGGAA